GAAAGAGGAGCUUUUUCAUCAAGAGCCAGGAUCCCGUGAUUAGCAAAGCAAUUGCUGGACGACGGCGUAACGCCACCCGCCCGUCCUUGCCGCAACCAAGAGCUUGGUCCGUGCCCCACGUGAAACUCCCAAUGGAUGUUAGUUAGUCGUCGGCCUUAUCUCCGGCGGGGGGCGAGGUGUUGGUCAACGCCAUCAGCUCGGCUUUCCGCUUCCUGUUGGCUGCUUCUUCAGGUCAACAACAGCUUUCUUUCUUUGUGUUCUUCCUGAUUUCUGACUGCAUUAUUUUUUUUCUUGACUGCAUAUUCGUAUUGCUCUAUUUAAUCAUUUUGCAUCAAAGGAACAGGAAAAAUGGUGCUCCGGAAACACGAGUUGGAGGUCAAGCUCAGGGACGACAGCCGGCUCAUCAAGAGCGGAGUCCUUCGCAACGAACAUCCCCUCGACUCAUCAGAAGAAUUCGAUGAAUUUAUUCAGGCAUGUCGCCGCGGCGACCUCAAGCGCUGCCAGGAGUUGAUGUCGGCCGGCGUCAACAUCAAUGGAAAGGACAACUUUGACUAUACCCCGCUCAUUAUUGCCAGUUUAUGUGGUCACUACGAGCUGGUACAGUUGCUUCUUGAAUCAGGGGUAAUCGCUGAUCCGGACUCAUUUGAGCGGGAACGAGCUGUCUACAAUGCCCUCAACAACAAAAUUCGCAACUUGCUUCUGUCGUACGACUACUCAAAGACAGCCGACCCUUUGCAGUCGUGGGCAUCCUACAUCACAUCUCUGCUGACGCGUGAAAUUCCAAAGACGUCGGACAUCACGCUCACGGCUGAUGAUGAUAACUUCCAUUUGCACAAGUUUCUCUUGUCGGCGAGGUCGCCCUACUUUCGCAGAAAGUUUGUCGAGGCCCCUGAGACGCCGACGUGGAGGCUUUCGAGCUCUAUUCCGGUCGAGGCCUUUCGCCUUGUCUUGCGCUUUCUGUAUCUUGGUGACCUGCCACGAGAACUGGUCGGGCUAAGGAGCGCGGUUGCUGAAGAGGACGUUUUUAAGGGAAUUGACAAGCUCUGCAACCAGCUCGAGCUUGAAAGGCUUUGGGAAGCUGUGCUAUCUUUGAACGACCGCCGCCUAGCACGCCAACGGCAGCAGGACGAGGUGCGGUUGGCACAGGCACAGGUCGCUAGUUUCUUUAAAGAUACAGUCCUGAAGUUCAAAAUGUAUGUCGAUCCCCGCAAGGUCGACGAAAUAAAAUGGCCGCACGACAAUGCCAUCUUUGCCAACUGCAUCCUGCGGGCAGACGCAGACGACGAAGAGGAGGAAGAUAGCGGCUCGGGGUCCAACCAUCUUGGGAUCCCUAUAGCCGUGGCGCCCGUGGCCAAGGAUUCGACGACGAAUGGGGCUAACAAACCCAAGCGGUCAGUACUCUACCCUGUCCACAAGGCCUUCCUCAUCCGCAGUCCUUACUUUGAGACCAUGUUCUCGAGCGAGUUUAUGGAGGCCAAGGACAAAGAAUACCUUCACAUCAUCAAGGUCGACUGCACCCCCGAGGUGCUUGAGAUUAUCCUGAGGUUUCUCUACACGGAGAAGUCAGACUGCCCGUUGGAGUUUGCACUAGAUCUGCUGUAUGCGUCGGACAUGCUUCUGCUUGACAAGCUUAAGACAAAGGCGGCAGUGGCGAUAAGCACACUGGGAAAUGGCGACAGCAACGCCUUGGAAGAUAUUACACGUGUUGAAGUCGGAGACUUGAAGCGGCAGCGGCAGCAGCAGAAACAAGAGGCUGAUGUUGAGCCCAUCAACGUGUACGACGUGAUACGGGCAGCCUGGGACCUUAGAGUGCAGCGGCUGGAGGAGUUUGCCGCGCGGUACAUAGCCAACCGGCUAGAGGACUACAUUGACGACGAAGAAUUUGUAGAGCUUAUCCGUGAGAGCGCGUCGAGGAUAAAGAGCAGACAGGAGACGGACACGAUUGAGCUUCUCGACGACAUCCGCUACUACCUCUCGGAGCGCUUCAGGCUGCGCUUUGACGGCGACGGCCUUGAAGACAUGCUCGAAGAGGAUGAGGAGCCAGAUGCUGCAGCGGCCGAGGGACUUUCGGGUGCUGCGGUGGACGACGAAGCCCAGGCGAGACAAGCAAGCCCCGCGGGAGACGAGCAGCUGGGCGGCGUCAGGACGCUGGACGGGAAGCUUGUUGAGGAUGAAUUCGCCUCGGACGCCGUCAACUACCAGAUUAUGCUGGAGAAGAUCGACAAGAUGCUGGACCGUCUCGGAUUGGACGCAUGAAUAGCAAUGACUGUAUGUAGGCAUGACAUGACCCAGAAUAGACCAAGGACACCCGUGGCGGGGACUAAGAAGAGCGAAGAAAUUGUUUGCAGUACAUAUAUUUAGAUAGGCACACUGCAAUACACUGCAAUACAUGAACUAGAUGCAAUGGCUC